CUCUCUGCUGCAGUCAACGAAAAAUAAAUUAUGCUCGGGAAUCUGUUUGCUUUAACAUUUACCCUGCUGCCUGCUACCACGACUGUUUGUGUGGUUGUUUUAACUGCUGAAGGGUAGCCGGGUUCGACUCUCGUCAUCUGCUUACCUGUCGUUUACAAUUCCGGCAUGCAGAUACAGCGUCACGUACAUCGUUAAUAGACAGGAGAGGGAGAGAGGAGCUGGUAGGAAUAGACGAAUGUGACAUGUUUACGUUUUGCCGCGGUCAAUCCUACACUACGUGUACACUACCUAACGUGCGCAUUAAUUAUAUCAUAGCGCAAUAUCUUUCGGGGAGAGCAGUGAGUCUUUAGGAAUUGGAUAGGGCAAGGACAGACGGAUAUUUAAAAGGACCACUGUUGAACAGUAUAGGUUACCAUCGGAUUUACUGCUAUUUCUCUCUAAAUUAUUUCACCAUUUAUACAUUUUUUUCCCCCAGAGACAUUAUGUUAUUGGAAUAUUAGCAACAGCGCUAAAUCACUCGUUUUAUUUCAGUACCCUGGACAGCGCUAUACUGAACCAAAGUAUGGUCGGAGCGGAGGACAAACUACAAAUCAUUCUCUUAUGCAACGUUUUCUUACCUGUUAUUGAUAUCGAGAGAGCAAGUGGAAUUAAGAGACGUCUGACCUACGUGUGCUGUUAAUUGACAUCUGUUUCGGUUAAUGUUUACAUAACUUUCACCCGGUUAGCUAUUGAUUGCGCUAAAUGUGCAAGAGGAUACCCGUCCACCUGCAAAUUAUAUCCAACCGAAUUGAUUUAUAGUUUAGGUGACUAUGGAUUUGUCUCGUUAAUAUUAUGAUUUGUCUCAUAAUAUUGUCCCGAGACCAACACGUGUUGAGUGUAGACAGAUGAAGAAUCAUUUAGAGGCAGAAAAACAGCAUUUUGUGUAGGUUGCUCAGACUUAACAGUUCCAUUUAUUUUACAGACCAAAACCAAAGUUACCCUUCAGCAGAACUAGUGUUGAGAUAGGUUGGCUAUUUAAUGAGGGAUAUAAAUAGUUUAUUUUGUCUUGACAAAACACGCAACUUUCAAGAGUUCUUGACACAGCUACAGCAGAACAAUAUCAGAGGAGAAUUAAUCACCAAGACAAUUCUCAAACAUAAGCAGCAUACAUCUUUCAAACCAAGUUUCUGAGACUCUAAAACUUCCAACAUGGCGGUGUCCUUUCAAAGUCUACCCGAGGUUCGACGCUCCAUCAUCGGCCAGACACUGAUCUUUGCCUCGCUGACUUUACUCCUCUCUUGGUCCUGCCCGGCUCUAGGCAAGAAGAAGCUCUACAUCGGCGCCCUCUUCCCGAUGAGCGGAGGCUGGCCCGGGGGCCAAGCAUGCCUCCCUUCCGCUCAGAUGGCCCUCGACUUGGUGAACAAGAGAACGGAUAUACUGCCGGAGUACGAGCUGGAACUGAUCCACUACGAUAGCAUGUGUGAUCCAGGUGAAGCCACCAAGCUCCUGUAUGACCUGCUCUACACCGAGCCCAUCAAGAUGGUCCUGAUGCCCGGCUGCAGCUCUGUGUCCACUUUGGUGGCCGAGGCCGCUCGCAUGUGGAACCUUAUAGUGUUAUCCUACGGUUCCAGUUCCCCAGCUCUCUCGAACCGCCAGCGCUUCCCGACGUUCUUCCGUACCCACCCGUCUGCCACCCUCCACAACCCCACCAGGGUUCAGCUCUUUCAGAAGUGGAAAUGGACUAAGAUCGCCACCAUCCAGCAGACUACGGAAGUCUUCACCUCAACGCUGGAUGAUCUAGAGGCGAGGACCAAAGAGGCCGGGAUCGAGAUCAGCGUUCGCCAAAGCUUCCUCACUGACCCCGCCCCAGCUGUCAAGAAUCUCAAGCGGCAAGAUGCCAGAAUCAUCGUGGGGCUCUUCUACGAGACGGAAGCCAGAAAAGUUUUCUGUGAGGUGUACAAGGAGAAGCUCUAUGGGAAGAAGUAUGUCUGGUUCCUGAUUGGUUGGUACGCAGACAACUGGUUCAAGAUCAAAGACCCGUCAAUCAACUGCACCGUGGAGCAGAUGACGGAGGCGGUGGAGGGCCACGUUACCACGGAGAUCGUCAUGCUCAACCCCGAGACCGUCCGAGGGGCCUCCAAUCUGACGUCUCAGGAGUUUCUGAACCAGCUGAUGUCUAAGUUGGGGGGUAAGAACCCAGAGGAGACGGGGGGGUUCCAGGAGGCCCCUCUGGCCUACGAUGCAGUGUGGGCCCUGGCUCUGGCCCUCAACAAGACCGUGGGGCCCCUGAAGGCCAAGGGCCGGAGGCUGGAAGACUUCAACUACAACAACCGAGAUAUCACCGCUGAGAUCUACCGUGCCCUAAACACCAGCUCAUUUGAAGGAGUUUCGGGCCAUGUUGUGUUUGAUGCCCAGGGUUCUAGAAUGGCCUGGACUCUUAUUGAGCAGCUGCAAGGAGGCAGCUAUAAGAAGAUUGGAUACUUCGACAGUACUAAAGGCAAUCUAUCCUGGUAUGGGAAUGACAAGUGGAUAGGUCCAGGCCCCCCAGCAGAUCAGACCGUGGUUAUCGAGGAGUUUAGGUUCCUCUCUCAGAAGCUCUUUGUCUCUGUGUCUGUGUUCGCUGGACUAGGGAUUCUACUGGGAAUAGUGUGUCUCACAUUCAACAUCUACAACAGCAAUGUCAGGUACAUCCAGAACUCCCAGCCCUACCUGAACAACAUGACGGCAGUGGGGUGUAUGAUGGCUCUGGCUGCUGUCUUCCCUCUGGGCCUCGACGGACACCACAUACACAGGAAGCAGUUCCCCGUGGUCUGCCAGUUCCGUCUGUGGCUGCUUGGCCUGGGCUUCAGCCUGGCGUACGGUUCUAUGUUCACGAAGAUCUGGUGGGUUCACACCGUCUUCACCAAGAAGGACGACAAGAAGGAGAAGAGGAAGCAUCUGGAGCCGUGGAAACUCUACGCCACCGUGGGGGUGCUGCUGGUCAUCGACGUCCUGUCGCUCAUGAUCUGGCAAAUAGUGGAUCCUCUACACAUCACUGUGGAGAAGUUUGUGAGAGAGGCCCCUAAAGGAGAUCUGGAUGUUCUGAUCCAACCUCUGCUGGAACACUGCAGCUCAGACAAGAUGAAUACUUGGCUUGGUCUGGUGUAUGGUUAUAAGGGCUUGCUGCUGCUCCUGGGGAUUUUCUUGGCUUAUGAGACCAAGUCAAUAUCUACAGAGAAGAUCAAUGACCACCGCGCUGUGGGCAUGGCCAUCUACAACGUCUCCGUGUUGUGUAUGAUCACGGCUCCCGUCACCAUGAUCUUGUCGUCGCAGCAGGACGCCUCGUUUGCCUUCGCCUCCCUGGCCAUCGUCUUCUCCGUCUACAUCACCCUGGUGGUGCUCUUCGUCCCCAAGAUGCGUCGUCUGAUCACCCGAGGGGAGUGGCAGUCAGACACCCAGGAGACCAUGAAGACACAGGGCUCAUCCACCAACAACAACGAUGAGGAGAAGUCCAGACAGCUGGAGAGAGAGAACAAGGAACUACAGAAGAUCAUUCAGGAGAAAGAAGAGAGGGUGUCAGAGCUACGAAACCAGCUGGUGGAGCGACAAGCCCUCCGCUCCCGAAGACGACCCUCCACAGCCAACCAGAACCACAGCACACCCCUUCUCCCCAUCCCCUCGAACAACGACCCCAAAUCCCUCAUCCCCCCACCGGGGUACCCCAACACCGCCUCAGACAACCACUCCCUCCCUCCAUCAUUCUCCAACUCCUCCAACCUCUAUCAGCCCGAUGGGAAGAUCAGUAGAAACAACUGCCACACCAGCCGGUUACAGCUCCUCUACAAGUAGAGCGAGAAGAUCUGAAGGAGAGAUGAGUAAAUGGGGCGAGCGGGGUAAGCGAUGGGGUAGCUUUUAGAGGAAGCGUGAGAACGGAGUGAGCAUCAAGAAGCAAAUGUGAGUGGGAGUGAGCGAAUGAGUAUGAGUCAGAGGAAGUAUGUUUAGUGAACAAGAGGAGGUAGGGAGGGAGGGAGGUA